GUCCGGGAAGAAGAGGAAAGGGGAGGGACUCCAGCGACGCCGACUAGCGUGUGUGGGUCGCUGCUGUGCUUCUCUUCUCCGAGGCUUCGCCUUAGCCAAACGUUUUGCGUGAAAUACUCCACAUAUGGACGGAGACGCUUUGCGUAAGCAAACGAGAGUCGCGCUACGCGGUACCGUUAUGUUUGUGCACGGUUCAAAGCAACAGAAUGGGCUCGUUUGAGCGGGGCUGGGCCUCUGUGUUGUACGCGGGUAGGACGAGCUUUUAGCAGGCUAACGCCACCUCAAGUUGCCCGUGAACUUUGUCACAUUUAGGGGGCAAUGUCCAUCCCGAUGUGGACGAAAAGUGCUCGGAAGGCGUUUUUGUUUUCACUCGUCGGUUCGAGAACAAGAGGCAACGACUUACUUUGUGGACUUCUUCCGGUUCCGAGGCGCCCCAUCAUCGAUAUGUCCUACUCGGCUCACUUCAUUGAUUUUAAAGGAUCCUCUAUAGCGAGCAGUAUGAAAAAGGUGAUCGUAAACAAGCUGAGCCCAAAUUUUAGAGAGGCCGCCUCGGUGCAAACCGUUCCGGUUCCGACACCCGCAGACGCAGACUUGCUCGUCAGAAAUCGCUUUGUGGGGAUCAACGCCUCUGAUAUUAAUUAUUCAGCAGGCCGUUAUGACCCGACCGUGCAACCUCCCUUUGAUGCCGGAUUUGAGGGUAUCGGUGAGGUUGUCGGCCUGGGUCUCAGCGCCAGCUCCCGCUGCACUGUCGGGGACACAGUGGCCUACUUCAGCAGCGGCGCCUUCGCUGAGUACACCGUGGUUCCCGCCAAGGAAAGUGUGCCUGUCCCUUCGGCAAAGCCCGAGUUCCUCACCCUGCUCGUCAGCGGCGCUACCGCCUACAUUGCCUUGAAGCGUCUAGGGGACCUGGCCAAGGGCGAGACAGUUCUCGUCACUGCGGCUGCGGGAGGAACGGGACAGUUUGCGGUGCAGUUUGCCAAACAGGCCGGCUGUCAUGUGAUCGGGACCUGCUCGUCCAAUGAGAAAGCAGGUUUCCUUAGGUCUAUUGGGUGCGACAGGCCAAUUAACUACAAAGCGGAGGAUUUGGCCAAGACCUUGAAGACAGAGUACCCACAAGGCAUUGACGUGGUUUAUGAAUCAGUUGGGGGCAGCACUUUUGAACUAGCAAUUAACUGUUUGGCUAAAAAAGGCCGACUAAUAGUCAUUGGCUUCAUCUCAGGUUACCAGUCUGCGUCAGGAAUUCCCCAAUUCAGAGGGUCAACUCUACCCGUCAAGCUUCUCCAGAAGUCAGCAAGCAUUCGAGGUUUCUUCCUUCCUCAUUUCAUCAGCGACUACAGGGAGGCUCUGACUCGUAUGAUGCAGAUGUUUGCUAUGGGCAAACUCACGUGCGAGGUGGAUUAUGGGGAUCUGGCCCAAGAAGGGAGGUUUGUCGGCCUGGAGUCAGUCUUCCGAGCAGUGGACUACAUGUAUGCAGGAAAGAACCUCGGGAAGGUGGUGGUCGAAGUGGCACCUCCCUGUAAUUCAAAUAGUAAACUGUAAAUGUUUUUUUUUCAGAAAAAAUCUACUUUGAAAUCAUCCACAAUGCAAGUAUGGCUUGUAAUGAGCAAAACUGGCAAUGGCUUAUUUUACAGCUAUGCAAAAAACCUGUGAUACAUAUGUAUGCAUAAUUUUGUAAUGCCAAAUAAAAAAACUUAUUGCAAUUUGAA